AACAUUACAAGGAACAACUAAUAAUACUUUCUUUAAUAUUUAAUAGAACGUACCUAGUGAAUAGCAUUUUCUUUGUUUAUUUACAUUAGUACUAUAGUCUUUAGCGUAUAGUUUAAGUUUGAAAUUAUUUAGAUCUUUUCAUAAUCGAGUAUAAACUAUAAAUGUUUCACUUCAUAAAAAACACAAUCAAACAUUAAUAAUGGAUGAUUUGCAGUUGCAAACAUCUCACCUUGCUGCUGCACUUAUGUCCAAUAAUGGAAAUAAUACGUAUAAUAGCCCAGCAGCUGAUACCGUUGUAGAUUGCCAGACUAAAAGCAAAAAUGAAAUUGAAAAGGAACAUUCAAUUGAAGAAAGAGAAAAAGAUGAAGUGGGAAGUGGUGAUGAAUUUACUGAUGAGGAGUCUGAUACACAACAUGGCAGCAAAUCAUUGCCUGGAAGAGGUGUAACAUUACAAAUGCUGUUAGAAGAAAAAAUGCUAGAACCAGGCAUAGCUGCAAUGACAAUUGAAUAUUUAGGUCAAAAGUUCGUUGGUGAUUUGCAAGCAGAUGGCAAGAUAAAAUCACAUGAAACAGAGACUAUAUUUUCAUCGCCAUCAGCAUGGGCCAUACACUGCAAAAGAAUUAUUAAUCCAGAUAAAAGAUCGGGUUGCGGCUGGGCGUCCGUGAAGUAUAGAGGAAAAAAACUUGACACUAUAAAAGCAACAUAUCUGGCGAAAAAACAACUGCAGCGGGAAAAUAUGCACACAGAUGAGGAAACUGAGAUGGAAGUCGAAAGCCCUCCUGAACCUCCACCACAGAGAGUUGUGAUGAAACAUAAUACAGUGCCAAACAGAAUGAUGCAGCAUGACGCAAAUAUGUUGAUUGAAGCUGUAUCAUUUUCAUCAGCUGGGAAAGUACAACCGUUUCUAGUAUCAGUUACUUCUAACUCCAGCCUUGUUCUUGAUAUUCAUUGCCAUCUGAAAAAAGAAGAAGUGUACGGAUAUCUUGCCGGCACUUGGGACUUGAACACUCACAAUAUGGUAAUAACUCACACUUUUCCCUGUUUGAUUAGUAAACAUGACAAGAGGCCACGCGUUUUGGUGGAAUACGAAAUUCAGACAUCGAUUGAGAAACUUGGCCUCACACUAUUAGGAUGGUAUCAUUCUCAUCCAAUGAAUCCAGCUAUGCCAAGUUUGAGGGAUUGUGAUAGUCAAUUAAACUACCAGAUUAAAAUGAGAGGACCAUCAGAAAUGUCAUAUACGCCAUGCAUUGGUGUUAUUUGUUCUCCAUACAACCCAGAAAGUCCAGUGAUGGAAUCAUCUUUAACAUUCUUCUGGGUAGUGCCACCUUCAGAGCAGAGACCAACGGAAUAUCCUAGACCCUUGUUGUUACAACAUAAUGUGGUACAUGAUAGCCACCUAUCAACUCAUGCAAUGGAAGUCAUAAAGAAAAGCAUAAAAUACUAUGCCACUUAUGCUGAUGAGACUUCGGUAAAUUUCAAGGAAAUGUUCAAGUCUGAUAUAACCUACUUGGAUAAGCUGAAAUCUACACUAACACCUAAAUUUCCACGUGAGCAAAGUGAUGGAUUAUUGUGGCAAUUUAUAAGAGAUGAAUUAGGAUGUUCCUCUGAAAGUGAUGAAAAAAUGGAUCUGGAUGCUCUGUUGGCUGUGCCACAGGCGAUUCCCGUAUCCAAAUCCAGUCAGUCAACUUCGGUACCCAAUUUUCCUUCUGUUAGUACUCUGCAACAAAUGGUCAGCCGGCCCGCAGGUGUACCGCCAAUUAAUGUAUCCUCUGGUAUUGGCUCGCCGCAUAAAUUUGAAUCGCCACUGAAUAUUCCUAUUCCAACAGCUUCUAAACCAUCAAAGUCAUCAACUCCUCUACCUCCAACAUAUCAUACCGGCUUAGACAUGUUGACGAAUAUGGCGCUUGGAUUAGGCUCAUCAAAUAUACCGAUGUCUCUAGGCAGCAGUAGCUUGGACAGUUUAGCUGCAGCGAAUAGCAUGUUGACAAGUUUAACGCCAGGAUUGUCAUCAGGUCUAUCAAGCAGUAAAUUGCCAGAUCUUCCGUCAUACGCGGCAUCAUUACAAAAUAUCUCAAGUGGCAUGGGUUAUGAAAAGACAUCCACAAGCACUUCAACAACUUGUACAUCAUCGGCUACUCCCAUUCCAGCUAGUGUUGCUUCUAAUUUAAUGAUGAGUUCUGCUGACAUUGCAAAUGCUUUAUUAUCUGCCAGUAAAUAUUCGAGCGCUGGUAUUUUAGGAAUACCCGAUCCAAUGUCUAAAUCCACCUUAGCUGCGAAUAAUAUGUUUUUGUCGCCAUCUUUAUUAAAAAUGCAAGAAUCUUUGCUCAAACCACUCUCAAGUAGCAGUCCUAUAUCUACCAAAGUGGGGCUUGAUCAAAAUCCCCUUAUGAAAUCCCCACACGACUUAUUGAAAGGCAAUAAAGAUCUUUACUUACCCCCUGACUUUGGUUCUGUGAAUAAAGGAAAAGAUAGUAAUACUUUAUUGGAUCAUAAAAAGCAAAGUGAUAGUUCAUCGUCAAAAGUCACCGCAAAAUCGAUGAGUUCUGACACUGCGCCAGUGGACUACAAUAUGUCAAGAACGAGUGCCGAUUCGUAUCUAAGUCAAAUGCUCGAGCUUACAAAAAAAACCACUCUGCCAGAUUUCGCGUCUGAUUAUAGUCAAAUGAGAAAGCACACGGAAGAUGAUAAACAGUUGUUGCCACCAUCGACCCACCCAUAUACAAGUGCAAGUAUGGCAGAAAGCAUGGGCCAAGUCAAUUUGGCCAACUAUGCUAGUAUGAACGAUCCUAUCGACUUUUGUAAAACUCAAGAUUACAGUAUGAGUCAGAAUAUGAAUGAACCCCAAAAUUAGUUUAAGAAUGGAACAUAUUCUUUGUGCUUGUGUUUGUCAUUUUAUUUCACAAUAUCUCGCGUGGAGAGUAUUAGAUUCCUAUAUCUAUUUCUCUAAAGAUAAUUUUGUAUUGAUUAUUCGCUGAUUUUAAUAAAAGUAUUAUUGAAUUAUUUGUAUAGAGUGAGAUUAAUGAUUCCAUCUGCAUUUAUGUCAAUGUUCUUAAUACAUAAUCAUUUCUUUUUUUUUAUUUAUGUGCGUCAGUGUGUGUAUUCGUUCAAUGUAGCUGUAGUAGUUAAAUUUAAACUAAUUCAAGCAUAAGAGGAUUGUGAAUCGUGUGUCGUAGGUAUAUAAGCUGCGCGGAUAAAGAAAUAAAAUUUAAUGGCGGCCGGUACUUAUAGUAGCGUCAGCAAAAAGUUCAAGUGAAUGUUAAAAAUAUUAUAUACCUUUCAUUGAGUAGAUAUUACAAAAAACCAGUAGAAAAAGUUCGCCCUUACCACACUCAUUUGUCCCUUCGCAUAUGUCAUCUUCAGGCAGAUUUACUGUCAUCAUGGUCGUCACUGUCACACGUCAGAACUCCCUUGAAUUACAAAGUACUCUAUUUGAUUUUCGUGAGUCACUUAGCGGGACCAGUAUUUUUGCUCGACUUUUUUGAUAUGAUUAACUUACUUCUUCCAAUCAUCGGGCGUUAUCGAGGCCAUCGCUGCCUUAGUCAGUCCCUCUGUUUUGCUCUCAUAUUGGUACACAUUUUUGACAGCUACACGAUGUUUUUUCAGAAGAUGUUUUCAAUGGGGUUGAAGUAGAAGUGAGAAGAGAGUGGUAUGAUGUGAUAUCCAUCACCCAUCUUUGUUCGGGACUGUCGAUUUUGGACUUUUGACUCGCUGACCGUAUAGUUUGCAUGGAUCUAUGAUUCGGUCAUAAACUCUAAGGGCUUUUUGUCUACUCCUAGUGUAUUAUUAGCUCGCAUUCGAUGUCUCUCAAUGUCAUAACGUGCUCUUAACGUCUUAAUGUUGUGUCUUUGUAUUAGAAGAAAUCUGUUUUGAAGGCAUUUUUGGACUUGAACCCAUUUGUUGGUUGUUGCUCCCUUUGAUUUUUAAAUAGUUUUUAGCAUUAGCGAGUACCUACUUUAUUUAAAGCGGGUCUUCUUUACGCACAUCAUAUAUUGAUGCAUGAUUUCUCUAACGUUAUUAUAAAAUUGUUGAAUGGAACACGGGCAUUAAUUAGUCCUAAUCUCUUCUUGAUUGGUGUACGUAUUUUUGUGUGUCUGCUCUGCAAGUUGACUUGUGAUAGAACAAUGAGGAACAGUCGCUUUUUUUCACGUUACGAACUACUAAAACCAGGCUGGACCUCUCCGUCUUACGAUACUCAUCACACACACAAGAAAGCUUUUUAUGGUUUGGUUAUGAACACGUUGAUAAUUGUAAUCGAAAUAAUUGAAUCUGAUGGAGCGCAUCGUGACACCGUGAAUGCUGAUCCUGAUGAAUAUUUUUGUGCGCUGUACGAGAUAGCGUGAUAAUUUGCCAUUUUAGAUUGCUUCUUUAUUCGUGCGGGUAAUAUCAAAUAUAAUAAUGUAUGUUUAUGUGCGAUAUUAAAAGAAAUAUGUAUUUGCGUCGCGUAUUCGUUCGCAUUAUUUAAAUAAUUGUUAUCUUUUUCACUGGUAGUUUUUUUUAUAUGUAUCCUAAAUAUUUAAAUGAGCAACUCAUGUAGUUACUUAUUGUGUGUAUAUUUUGCGUAUCUAGGAUCUAACGACUUGGAUAAAAUUUACUAUGAAGGGAUUUAAAAAUAUAAGAACAACUUUAGAUAACAUUUUCAAGAGAACAUAUUAGGUAUCUAAAGUUUUCCAAAAAAUCAAAUUUUCGAUGUGAGUGCCAGAUGAUGAGAAACAGAUAGAUCCAAUAUAAACAGUAAUUAAAAUAAAUAGAUAAUAUUAUAUGUUUUCCCACCUUGAUGCCUUGGUACGGGGGACAAAAGUGGCCGAUUCUCUCCAGGCAAGAUGGCUUUUAUCCCUCGUACCAGGGAAUGAAAGCGAGCCUUUCAUCCAGAUGGGAAAAAAAUCGUAUACGCACCACGUGAGAUACGUGGGACAUUGCCACCCGCGAUUGUCAUGUCAAUAUUCCGCGGAUGAGAAUGACCAACUUUUCUCCCUAGGUGCGUAAUAUACUAUUCCCCCAUUGGAACGGUAAGGAAUCUUGCCUUUUUAUUUAAGCAUCCGUGAAGUCACUUUUGCGAAGCGUAGUAUUGAUUGGUGAUUUUUGAAGUAUACUUGGCCUUAACUUUACGUCAUUUUCACGUCACUAAGAUGGCGGCCAGUCCCCAUCUUAUCGGGAGGGUAUUAUAAAGAAAGGAUCGGUGGCGUAGCGUGCCUUGGCGGGGCCCCGUACAAUAAUUUAAUUAGGUUCCCUUUUGAAGGGUGAAGAUUUCUCACAAAAGAAAUAAAAUGUUUGCAUAAAAUUAAAAGAAAUAUUUAUUUUCCACAAUUUUUACUAUCAAUUCAAAUUAAAUAUACACUUUCCUUGCCUCAUUUUCGGCAAGCAGCAAGUUUUUAUUAAUUUUUCUUACGCACGUCGGGGGCCCCCGUGGCCCGGAGGCCCCGAAUGAUUGAUACGGCGGUAGCUACGCCCCUGAAAAGGACAAUAGUUUCAUUUCUUCGGUUUUGUUUCGAAUUUUAUGUGAUCAUUGAACAACGCUCGAAUCUCAUUAUUUUAUUGUUUGAUUUCAAGAAGUGUUAUUUAAUUAUGGCAUUGUUUAUAAUGCCUUAACAAUACAAUACCAGGCAGCAUUUUAUAAUUAAUUAAUAUUCUAUCUAAUAAGUAUCGGCCAUAGUUCAAAUUUCAUCCCGUAAUUAUUAUACAUAUAUUUAUUUGCGGGUAGUAUUGCAUUAUUGUUAAGCAACUACAUAUUUAUAUUAUGUGCACUAGUUUUAUUUAUAAGCCAAUUUGUAUGUAAUAAACUACAUAACAUUGUGUGUUUCA